AUGGCCGAGCUUCGGCGCGAAGGUAGGAAAUGGGACUGGGCGAAGCCGUCCGAGGAGGAGGUGCAUGCGAGGCUCGCCGACUGCGACGAACCCCUUCGAGAUGUGAGUUUCGUACUUGCGGCCGACGUCUGUGACGACGACGGCGAGGAGGUUCAGUCGGCGCCCCAAGCUGGCGGUGUCGCCCCUGCCGUCGCUGAUGCGCGUGGCACCUCGGUCGGGAAGCCGGGUAGCGGCGUCGACGAGGCCGAUGCGGCAGCAGGACAUGGGGUGGCCGGGACCGAGGAGAAGCACCGGGACGAGGGUAGCGGUGAAGAAGGGCUGCGCGACAAGGAGAAGGCGGCCGCAAAAACGGCCCCAGCUGGCCAGGGCCCGAAGACAGGGGUCGCGGUGGCGUCAGCGGUUCCUCACCAGCCCCCAGCUGGUGCACGCCCUCCGACCGGACCGUCUGCCGGGCGACCUGCCGACGUCCCGCGCUCUGCCGACGUCCCGGCUGCCGACAAGGCUGGCCGCGCGGGGAAAGGGGCGGCAGUUGCGGACGCGCUCAAGGAGCAGCUCAGGCGCCUAGCCGGCCACAAGGCUGUUCAACAGCCCCCCGCUGCUGUCGACGCCCCAUCUGCCAGUGUCCCAAAGUCGCCGGUCGUCGCCGCCCGUGCUCCUGCAGACCCAAAGUCCGCGUUGCUGCGCGCCCAGCUGGGCGCACUAGCGUCGACUGCGCCAACUCAGCAGGCUUCUGGCUCCGGCGCUAAGACGUCGUCGGCAAAAGUCGCACCACCCACCCCUGUGGCAGCUGAGGUUGAGAAGGCGGCGGAGAAGGGCGUUCGUGCCGCCCUUGCCACCGGCGGCGGCCCCGUCGAGCAGGCGCCCCCCGAUGCUGAUAUCGCUGCCAUACAGGCCCACCUGGAUGCUGCCAAUCCCCGACCGCUGGCCAUCUCCGACACGGCACAUGUGGAGCCUUCGGCGGGUCUCGUCGGCAGUCCAGCAGAGCCGACUGCGACCGGUGAUGCUGUCGGCGAUGGAAAGGCGAAACGGAAGGGGAAGGCGGGCUCACAGAGGAAGACGCGGGAGAAGUCGGAGGCGAAGGCGGCGGAUAGAGGGAAGGGGAAGGCGGCUGAGACGGCGGCUGACAAGGAUGGAGGCGGCAAUACGGGGGUGAAAGGGAAAGCGGGGGAGAAUCAGAAGUCGCUCGGCGAGGGUACGUCGACGGGGAGGAAGGGGAAGGACAAGUCGGUAGGAGAAGGAUGGGUCGGCGAGAUUAAGGUGCACGGCAUCAAUCGAUACAUCGGCAAGUCGCGUGAGAAGAUGGAGCUCGCGUACGUGCACUCCAUCGCGUUCGUCGUCUACGACGGUUUCGUGAGCAAGGUGCUCAUGAACGAGCUCACCGUCCUGGACAGCGCCGAGUUGGAGAGGUGGAAGGAGGUGUGGGAGGAGGUCAGGAUCUUGCCGACCGGGAUGUGGACGGUGAUGUGGGCCCGGGGAACGCUCCUUCCAAAGACACGGCUGAAUGAGAUCCUCGACAAGUAUCGACAUUACAAGACCACUGGCGAUGCGCUGCACGCCGCGCUCCUGCCAGCGAUAUGGUACCCAGUCGAUCCCGACACCGAGGAAGGCCGAGAGAAGUCGGCGUCCAUGCUGUCCGCGUUGAUUGGCCGCGUGUCAAUGUGCGCUGCGUAUGGGAAGACCGCUGCGACAGCGGCGAGAAAGGAGGGAGACAGCGACGAGAAGACGGAUAUGGCGGCAUGGGCGUUAGGAGCAUCCGCAUGCGCUGUGUGGUGCUUCGUCGAGAACGGCGAUGCCCAGGUGGAGGAUGCUGUGGAAGAAGGGAAGGCGGCGGCGCUUGUGGGCGGAGCGAGCCAGGCGACCGCCGAUGUAUUCGGCAAAGUCAUGGAGGCGGUGCUGAACGCCGAGAUCAACAGGGACCGCCCCCUGGGAGAGGUUGCUUACAACGUCGCGCCAGCACUCAAGAGGACCGCCCUUGACAUGGCCUAUCCGGGGGUGGAUGCCGGAGUCGAUGCCGACGUGAUCGCAAGAGCGACGGUCGAGACGAUGGCGUUCUGGGGAAUGUGCCCCGUCGCCGGGCCGAAACUCAAAGCGAGGGGCAUCGCGGUGCCGAUUGACGCGCAGAUGAAGGCCGAUAUCGACAACAGGGGGAGAAAGGGUCAGAGGGGCAAGAAGGCGACGAAGGCCAAGGGCGGCACGGAGAAGAAGGGGACGAAGGGCCAGAAGGCGAAGGAGUCGGCGUAG